AUGGCCAAGGUAUUCUCGUUCCCUUCCCCCGACGACGUCUCGCAUGCCCUGGAAACGUACCUGGCACAGGCAUCGGCCACGGCCAUAGCCUCGACGGGCCGCUUCACGAUUGCCAUCACGGGCGGCUCGCUGCCGGCGACGGCGUUCAAGUUCCUGAAGGCCAGCAAAUCGGUGGACUUUUCGAAAUGGCAUGUGUUCUGGGGCGACGAGCGCUGUGUGCCAUACGACCAUGACGACUCCAACUACAAGCUGGUCAAGGAGCAGCUGCUGGACCACGUCAAUGUGCCGAAAAGCCAGGUGUUUCCGAUCAACCAGGCGCUGGUCGGCAAUUCGGCCGAGGCGGCCAAGGACUACCACGGCCAGUUGGCGUUCGACUGCAUCUUGCUGGGCAUUGGGCCGGACGGGCACCUGUGCUCGCUGUUCCCGGGAUUCCCGCAGGUGAACGAAAAGGAAAAGUGGGUGACGCAUAUUGACGACUCGCCCAAGCCGCCUCCGCACAGAAUCACGCUGACCAUGCCGGUGCUGAACAACGCAAAGGAGGCCGUGUUUGUGGUCACCGGCAGCGGCAAGUCUGAGAUGUUCAAGACCAUCGUCGAAGACAGGGACAUGGGCAAGCCGUCGACGCAUGUGGCUCCGGCCAGCGGCAAGCUGUACUGGUUCGUGGAUGACGCUGCAUCGCAGCACCUGUCUGCAGUCAAGCCCUCGACCUUCAAGCUUUAA